UUCGUCGAGGGGCGGGGCUCGUUGGCCCCUUUAAAGCCUUGACAUCAAGAGGCGGCUCCGGUACCCCCCUUUCUCUGCCCCCCCACCCGAGAUGCGGCCAUGGACCCGGCGGACCAGGCCUGCCCAGCUCAGCACCUGAUCUCGGUAAGGUGACUGAUCUGGCUGCCAGAGUGAGGGUGCCAGCCUGGGUGAGGGACAGAGACCGGGCCUGACACCCAAGGCGAUGGAGCGGCCGGCCGUAGGCACUGGGGACCUGGAGCCAGCGGCCGGUGACGUCAGCGGCAUGGAGCUGGGCACCUGCCACGAGCUUCUGCGCCGACUUCGGGAGCUGGAGGCAGAGAACUCAGCGCUUGCCCAGGCCAAUGAGAACCAGCGGGAGACUUAUGAACGCUGUCUGGAUGAGGUUGCCAACCACGUGGUCCAGGCACUACUGAACCAGAAGGACCUGCGGGAAGAGUGUAUCAAGCUGAAGAAGAGGGUGUUUGACUUGGAGCGACAGAACCAGAUGCUGAGCGCACUAUUACAGCAAAAGCUGCAGCUCACGGCCAACUCCCUCCCUCAGAUCCCACUCACCCCACUCCAGACACCAUCAGAAACACCAGCCUCCCCGUCCCUGAAUGCUGCUGAGGGACCAGCAACCUCCCUGCCUUUAGGACACUGUGCUGGGCAAAGAGAGGUGUGUUGGGAACAGCAGUUGCGGCCAGGAGGCCCGGCAACUCCAGCUACUCCACCCCCAGCACUGGAUGCCCUGUCCCCAUUUCUUCGGAAGAAAGCCCAGAUUCUAGAGGUGCUGCGUGCCCUGGAGGAGACUGACCCUUUGCUCGCGUGCUCACCGGCCACCCCCUGGCGGCCCCCAGGCCUGGGCCCUAGCUCCCCAGAGCCCAUCAAUGGCGAGCUCUGUGGCCCACCCCAGCCUGAGCCCUCACCCUGGGCACCCUAUCUGCUGCUCGGCCCUGGGAGCCUAGGAGCUCUGCUGCACUGGGAGCGUCUCCUGGGGGGCUCUGAGGAAGAUGGAGGUACCCGGCAACCCUGGGCACCUAGCAGGGCUCCCCCACAAGCUCAGGGCCCCAGCUCUGGCCCACACUGUGCCCCAGGUAGUAGCUCCUCCUCCUCUUCCGAUGAAGCAGGCGACCCCAAUGAGGCACCCAGCCCCGACAGCCUGCUAGGUGCCCUGGCCCACAAGCAGGUGAACCUGGGCCAACUCCUCGAAGACACGGAGACUUAUCUCCAGGCUUUCCUGGCUGGGGCUGCAGGCCCUCUCAAUGGUGACCACCCGGGAGCUGGGAAGCCAUCCUCACCAGAUCCAGGACCCCCACAGCUGUCCAAGUCCAAAGGCCUCCCGAAGUCAGCUUGGGGUGGGGGUACCCCAGAGGUCAACAGGCUGGGAUUUGGUGCUACCUCAGAGGGCCAGGGACCCCUUCCCUUCCUCAGCAUGUUCACGGGUGCAGGGGAUGCCCCAUUGGGCUCACGGCCUGGCCACUCCCACUCCUCAUCUCAGGUGAAAAGCAAGCUCCAAAUUGGGCCCCCUUCUCCCGGGGAAGCCCAGGGACCCCUUCUGCCCUCGCCAGCCAGAGGUCUCAAGUUCCUCAAACUGCCUCCAGCCUCAGAGAAGGUCCCCAGCCCAGGAGGCCCCCAACUCAGCCCCCAGCUCCCCCGGAAUUCUCGAAUCCCCUGUCGCAACAGUGGCUCAGAUGGUAGCCCCUCUCCACUACUGGCCCGCAGGGGUCUGGGUGGAGGAGAGUUGUCCCCAGAUGGGGCACAGGGCCUGCCCAACAGCCCUUCGCCCUGCUCAGCAGUCCCAGAGUCUGUGCAGUUCAGACCCUCGCAGUCAGCUGUGCCCACUACACUGUCUCCAGGACCAGUAGCAUCUCCCUGCUUUGAAAACAUCCUGGACCUCUCCCGGAACGCCUUUAGAAGCUCUUCCCCAGAGCCACCUCCAUCCCCGCUGCAGGUGCCCGCCUACUCACAACUGACUCUGGAGGUACCUCAGACCCCUGAGGUCCUCAGGAGCCCUGGGGCUCCCAGCCCUGGCCUCUCAGAACCCUGCCCCUCCCAUAUGAGCCCCCAGGAGAAGGGUCUGGACAAAGCAGGUUCUGAGUCUCCCCACCCCAGCCGCAGGACUUCAGGCGGCUCAUCCAAGAAGCCUGGCCAGGGAUCAGGGCGGCGACCUGGCGAUCCUAGCCACACACCUCUGCGGGACAGAUUGGCAGCCCUUAGCAAACUGAAGACAGGCCCUGAGGGGCUUCUGGGUCUAGAGAAGAACGGAGUGCCAGUCCGGCCUGGCACGGAGAAGGCCAGACUAGGGCGGUCAGGUGAGAAUACUGGAGACGUGCCUCCCUCCGCGAGGCCUCUUGAACAGCCAGAAGCUAAGGGCGUCCUGAGGGGAGCGGUCGCCUUGGGCACAAGCAGCCUGAAGCAGCAGGAACUGGGACUGACAGAUCCUGGGGCCCGGGUCUACUCCUCCCACUCCAUGGGUGCUCGAGUGGACCUGGAGCCCAUCUCACCAAGGAGCUGCCUCACCAAAGUGGAGCUAGCUAAGAGUCGUCUGGCAGGGGCUCUGUGUCCCCAGGUGCCACGCACCCCUGCAAAAGUGCCAGCCCCUAGCCUGAACAAGCCCAAAAGCCCUCACAGCAGCCCGACAAAGCUACCCUCCAAGUCACCCACCAAGGUGACGCCCCGACCUGUGGCACCCUUAGCCACCAAGGAGCCCUCCAAGCCUGACAAAGGGAAGGGCCCUCCUUGGGCGGACUGCAGCACCGUUGGCCAGCCUACGUCCCCAGUACCUGGCCCCACAGAUCCAAGCCAGGGUCCAGAAGGGCCAGCCCCACACUCGGCCAUCGAGGAGAAGGUGAUGAAGGGCAUCGAGGAGAACGUCUUGCGACUUCAAGGUCAGGAACGGACACCAGGCUCCGAAGCCAAGCACCGCAACACCAGCAGCAUUGCCAGCUGGUUUGGCCUUAAGAAGAGCAAACUGCCGGCUCUGAACCGCCGCACGGAGGCUACCAAGAGCAAGGAAGGGGCUGGUGGGGGCUCCCCACUCCGGAAAGAAGUCAAGACAGAUGCCCGGAAGCUGGAGGCUGAGAGUCUCAACAUCUCCAAACUGAUGGCCAAGGCAGAGGACCUACGCCGGGCACUUGAGGAAGAGAAGGCCUACCUGAGCAGCAGAGCCCGCCCGCGGCCUGCAGGCCCAGCCACCGUGCCCGGCACAGGUCUGGGGCAAGUGCAAGGCCAGCUUGCCGGCAUGUAUCAGGGUGCAGACACCUUCAUGCAGCAGCUCCUGAACAGGAACGGUGCCUUUCAACGCCUCAAGCCUUGGGAAACACCGAUUUCCCUCACGUCCGUCCGUUGUGCUGUUCCUAGGGUGGAUGGCAAGGAGCUGCCCCCGAAGAGCUGGCGGGAGCCCAAGCCUGAGUAUGGGGAUUUCCAGCCAGCGUCCACUGACCCCAAGAGUUCCUGGCCUGCCUGUGGACCCCGGAAUGGCCUGGUAGGGCCACUUGAGGGCUGCGGAAAACCUUCUGGAAGGCCCAGCAAUGAGCCAGGUAGGCGGGAAGAGAUGCCCUCGGAGGACAGCCUGGCGGAGCCAGUUUCCACUGCACACUUCACAGCCUGUGGCUCCUUGACUCGAACCUUGGACAGUGGCAUUGGGACCUUCCCCCCGCCAGAUCAUGGCAGCAGUGGAACCCCCAGCAAGAAUCUCCCCAAGACCAAGUCAUUGCGGCUAGAGCCUCCGCCAGGGGCACCCCCAGCUCGGCCUCCAGCCCUCACCAAAGUCCCUCGUCGUGCCCACACACUGGAGCGGGAGGUGCCAGGCAUUGAAGAGCUGCUGGUGAGUGGGCGGCACCCCAGCAUGCCAGCCUUUCCUGGACUGCUCACUGCUCCUUCAGGACACCGAAGCCAUCAGACCUGUCCUGAUGAUCCCUGUGAAGAUCCAGGCCCUCCCCCACCUGUCCAGCUGGCCAAGAACUGGACCUUCCCCAACACCAGAGCGGCUGGCAGCUCCAGCGACCCCUUCCUGUGCCCACCCCGACAACUGGAGGGCCUGCCUAGGACCACCAUGGCCCUGCCCGUGGACCGGAAGCAGAGCCUGGAGCCUAGCCGCACAGCUACGCCUCAGGGCCCAGCAUUUGGGGGCAGUCGUACCCCCAGCACGUCGGACAUGGGCGAGGAAGGCAGAGUGGCCAGUGGGGGAGCUCCCGGGCUGGAGACCUCCGAGUCCCUAAGUGACUCACUCUAUGACUCGCUGUCGUCCUGUGGGAGUCAGGGCUGAAGGACGGCACCCACUCCAGUUCCUCUGGAGCUGGGGACCCCAGACUGGGCCUGCUUUCAUGCUCCCUGCCUCGGAGCCAGUGAGGCUCCAUGUGAAGGGACCAAGGAGAAGUGACCAAGAAGUGACUGGGGUCCCUGGCAUACCCCACUGCUGCUGUGGAUGAGACAACCAAGCUCAGCUCAGGGAGAGACCUCACCCCUGGUCCCUUAACUCGCCAGAGUCGGGCUCUUCUCUGAGGGACUGGGGGCCCCGACUGCUUGUCCCAGCUCCCACCUUGGACGGAGCCAUCUUGUGGUGCUGGGCUUCCUGCCCGCCAUUUCUGCCCAACCUGGCUGCAACCCUGCCCCAGAAGUCCCCAUGGGGCCAAUUUUGGAAGCCCCGGGCUUGUGGAGCUUGGGGUGAGGGGGACAAAUUGCCUUCUCUCUCUGCCCUGGUCCUCCCUGCUGUCUGAAUGGUGCUGCGUCCCCUCCCCACGUCUUUGGGGUCUGUUGGUCUGUCUUCAUCUUUGUUUUUAUAUACACACACAUAUAAAAGCGCCUGGCCCAGCCCCACUGCGGUUAAUUUAUCUGAUGUUUAAAGCGGCUGCUCUGCUUCCAGCCUCUGCUUCUGCGGUACCCUAAUAAAAUGUGGCGGCCUCUCCCCACCGUGACUGUU